AUGCCAUCGUACUCGAAUCACUUAUCAACGACGAGACUAACCAAGUCAGAAAAAAACGUCUACACUCCAGCGCCAGAUGCAGCACAAAGUAUGUCAGGCAUAGAACAACCGAGCACGAGCUCGUCUUAUCAAGCGUCGGAUCAUGAACUGAAGCCAAAACAGAGAUCAACGAGUGAUCUCAGUAUAAAUGUGAAACGACGAAUUAUCGCUGUGAACUCGAGCCGUCAGACUGAACCAUCUGACGAGAUUUCACCAGUGGAUACAGUACCCGUCGUUCUUUCGUCUCUUUCAUGUAAACUGAAGCGGAAUCUUAAUCCUCAUUACGACACACAUGGAGUUCAAGAAACGAACCGAUUUUUUGAAAUGUUUGCGCUCUGCUGUAAAAUGAUGCCGCAUGCACGCAGUAUCGACUUUCAGCCAUUUCAAAACACUCUUCAUGUGUCUUUCGGCGAUGCGGAUAAAUACCGGCUGGCCAAACGGAGUGAAUGCAUUGAUGGAUCGUCGUCAUCGUCGUUGGUAAGAUUGCGAGUGUGUCCGAAGUGUCACCGUUGUCGAUGCGUGCAGUGCUCACGUCGACGUCACCUGCCGUCCAAGUGGAUUUGUGGUGAUACGUGCUUAUUAUCGUCGAGCUGUUUAGUGGACACGUUAUCGUGUAUGUGUUGUGUGAAAGCAACUCGCUAUCACUGUCACUGCUUGCAUCAAUCAUCGCAAUCUGAUGCUCAUUCGAAUUCAUCAAUCAGUGGUUUGAAGAUUGCGUUGGGACGUCGUCGAAUUGUUGAGCUCGUUUGUGUUGUUCUAGCAUUGCCUUGUUUGCCGUGUCUUUGUUGCUAUUUACCUCUGAAAGGUUGUGAGGCUGCUGCCGAUGCCAUCUAUUGCUCAUGGAACGACAACUCAUGUCAUUGUGACCGUCGCGUACAAUCUUCAGUUACCGUGAUCACUGAACAACCGCAAACAAUAAGCGCAAAAUUAUGA